UACACAUUCUUUCAUUCAGAAACUAUGAGAAAAAUACAAACACCUACUUUUUCGGUUAAGUUUUGGAAAGUAGGUGUUUGUACUUUUCUCAUAGUUUCUGAAUGAAAGAAUGUGUAGACUGUAGGAAUAUCUCAGAAUCUUUAGCACACUUGUCUCUUUAAUCUGUGAUAUUCUAGAUCUCUAGGCGUCUCGUUACACAAACAUUAUAAGAAAAACAAAAUGCAAAAAAAUCGUUAGGAAAUUUCACUCCGGUAGCAGAGAUGGCUGGCCAGAGCGAAUACUUACUAGCUAGUUCGAGGAUGUUUAAUAUCUCUUCGUUUUGCUGUGUGGAAGGGAUUUCACUGAACAUACUGUAGCGUUUUAUAAUUGUACUCAUACUCUUGAGUGUUCUUAUAGGUUUUUAGAACGUGCCGUGAAUUUAUUAAAAACUGUUUUGUUUUUCUUAAUAACUUCUUGUAUCUGUUUAUAAUGGUCUAUUGAUAUGAACAACUCAGCAUUGCUGAUUUUGAUGAAUGAUUCAUUUGGUAUAUAUAGAUAACUUCAGAAGCUUUUCGUAAUGAUUUACUUUUUUCUAAUUAGGCGCAAUUGCAACUGUUAUAAAACAAUCUGCCAGUCUUCCAUAUCAAGAAAAUAAUUCAAUGAAUAUCGUUGCAACAACAUCUGUACCGAUGUCACCAACAAGUCAGGCGGCGCAACAUCCCUCACAUCAACAUCAACAGCAACGAAGUUCUAGCAACGUCUAUGAUUUUCAAACUCUUGCUGAAUUUGCGAAUCGUGAUUACCAAAAUGGGAAUUAUGAAAGAGCUGAACAACAUUGUCUCCAACUUUAUCGUCAAGAACCAGACAAUACAAGUUUAUUAUUGCUAUUAAGUUCAAUAUAUUUUCAAAUGAGACGAUAUGAUCAAUCGAUGUCAUUCAGUUUGCUUGCAACAAAAUUGAAUCCACGUUUGGCCGAGGCGUACUCAAAUCUUGGCAAUGUCUACAAAGAAAAAGGAAUGUUAAAAGAAGCACUAGAACAUUACACGAAAGCAUUAUCGAUCAAACCAGAUUUUACUGAUGGCUAUAUUAAUUACUCAGCUGCACUCAUUGCUAACGGAGAUAUGGAGGGUGCUGUAAAUGCAUAUGCAAGAGCGUUGCAAUAUAAUCCGGAUUUGUAUGGUGUUCGCAAUGAUCUUGGAAAUUUACUGAAAGCACUUGGGCAUCUCGAAGAAGCAAAAGCAUGUUAUCUCAAAGCUAUUGAAACACAGCCAAAUUUUGCUGUAGCAUGGAGUAAUCUCGGAUGUAUAUUUAAUUGUCAGGGAGAAAUGUGGCUUGCUAUACAUCAUUUUGAAAAGGCCGUGUCAUUAGAUCCUAAUUUUCUUGAUGCCCAUAUUAAUUUGGGAAAUGUGUUGAAAGAAGCGAGAAUUUUUGAUCGAGCUGUUAUGGCAUAUUUACGUGCGUUAAGCUUAGCCCCAAAUCAUCCAAUUAUUCAUGGUAAUUUAGCAUGUGUUUAUUAUGAACAAGGAUUUAUUGAUCUGGCAAUUGAAACAUAUAGGCGUGCUAUUGAAAUUCAACCGAAUUUUCCUGAUGCCUAUUGUAAUCUAGCGAAUGCAUUGAAAGUACAAGGAAAAAUAUCUGAUGCCGAAGAAUGUUAUAAUACAGCAUUACAUUUAUGUCCAACUCAUGCCGAUUCAUUAAAUAAUUUAGCUAAUAUUCGCCGUGAACAAGGUCAUGUCGAAGAUGCUAUUUUAUUAUAUAAACGUGCUCUUGAUGUAUUACCAGAAUUUGCUGCAGCUCAUUCAAAUUUAGCAUCAGUAUUACAACAACAAGGUCGUUUACAAGAUGCUUUGCAACACUACAAAAACGCUAUUAGUAUACAACCAACAUUUGCUGAUGCCUAUUCUAAUAUGGGCAAUACAUUGAAGGAAAUUGGUGAUAUACAAAGUGCAUUACAAUGUUAUGCACGUGCAAUCCAUAUCAAUCCUGCAUUUGCCGAUGCACAUAGUAACUUAGCAUCUAUUCAUAAAGAUACCGGAAAUAUACCAGAUGCAAUACAAUCCUAUAAAACAGCAUUGAAAUUAAAACCUGAUUUUCCUGAUGCUUAUUGUAAUUUGGCACAUUGUUUACAGAUUAUCUGUGAUUGGACAGAUUAUGACUUACGAUUGAAGAAGAUCGCAGCCAUUGUACAAGAACAGUUGGAUAAAAAUCGAUUGCCUAGUGUUCAUCCACAUCAUAGUAUGCUAUAUCCGUUAACAUCUGAACAGCGGCGGGGUAUAGCAUCACGGCACGCUAUGCUUUGCUUGGAAAGAGUAAGGAGCACUUGGGAUCCUUCCCUCAUUCAAUUGUUACAUAAAAAAUCGUUCGUAUACCCAACAGAUCUCAAAGCAAGCUCUGGUCGAUUGCGAAUCGGUUAUGUUAGCUCUGAUUUUUGCAAUCAUCCAACCGCCCAUCUAAUGCAAAGUAUCCCUGGUUUACAUGAUCGUUCGAAAGCAGAAAUAUUUUGUUAUUCGUUAAGUCCAGAUGAUGGCACCGCAUUUCGGGCAAAAAUUCAACGGGAAGCUGAACAUUUUAUUGAUCUGUCAUCUGUUACAUGCAACGGGCAAGCUGCUGAUCGUAUUUAUUCGGAUGGCAUUAAUAUUUUAGUAAAUUUAAACGGAUAUACAAGAGGUGCUAGAAAUGAACUGUUUGCAUUAAAACCAGCUCCUAUUCAAGUCAUGUGGUUAGGAUACCCGAAUACAAGUGGUGCACCAUUUAUGGAUUACAUUGUUACAGACGAUGUUACAUCGCCAAUGAGUUUAAGUGAACAAUAUACAGAAAAAUUAGCUUAUAUGCCCUACACAUUUUUCAUUGGAGAUCAUAAACACAUGUUUGUACAUAUGACAGAAAAAGUGAUAGUCGAAGAUAAAAAUAAAAAGUCAGAUGGAGCUGAUAAUCGAUCGAUUGUGAAUGCAACAGAUUUAAAACCAAUAUUGGAGAGAAGUGACGUGAAGAAAAUGGCUAUUCGAGUUUCUGAUGGUGGAACAAAUCCUAAAGAUGGUCACAUCAUGAAAGAAGUCAUAACGCCAAUUGUUCAAUUACCACUAACGACUGAUGUACACCAUUUAUUAGCGCAAGGACAUUGUGAAGUUAGUAUCAAUGGUAUUGUGGCACAGAAUGGAACGACAACGUUACAAACAAGUGGUCGUGCAGCAACAGGCGAAGAAGUGCCUCAAACAGUUUUAUUAACAACUCGUACUCAAUAUGGUUUACCAGAAGAUGCUGUCGUUUAUUGUAAUUUUAAUCAAUUGUACAAAAUAGAUCCUAAAACAAUGCGGUGUUGGUGUAAUAUUCUCAAACGAGUACCUAACAGUGUUCUUUGGCUAUUGCGUUUUCCAGCUGCCGGUGAAGAAAACAUAAUUAAAUUUACGCUUGCAAGUGGUGUUGAUACAUCGAGACUGAUAUUUUCAAAUGUUGCACCAAAAGAGGAACAUGUUCGUCGUGGACAAUUAGCCGAUGUAUGUCUUGACACUCCAUUGUGUAAUGGUCAUACAACAGGAAUGGAUGUUCUUUGGGCUGGUACUCCAAUGAUAUCACUUCCAUUAGAAACAUUGGCAUCACGUGUGGGUGCAUCAUUAUUAUAUACAUUAGGUUGUCCAGAAUUAGUAGCAAAUACCUAUGAUGAAUAUGAAAAUAUUGCUGUAAAAUUAGGAAAUGAUCGUAAUUAUUUAAAAUCUAUACGUGCUAAAGUGUGGUCGAGGCGUUUAACAAGUCCACUAUUUGAUACAGCAUUGUAUACAAAAAGUUUGGAAAAACUCUUUUGGAAAAUGUGGCAACGUUAUGAAAAAAAUUUAUCACCAGAUCAUAUUAUCGAUGUUAACUAG